AACUGGAAGAAGAAUUAGAAAGUAAAACUAACUCUGCUCUUCUUCUUCUACCUUUAUAAAUGUUUUGAAAGCCAACUAGAAAGGCUAAAGAGGCACCAGAGAAGAUCCUGCGCUCCUCCUGCAACUUGGAAAGUGCCACAGUGCCACCAUCAUUCUGAAUGAGCUGAGAGCUGGCAUAGAGGCCAGGAGGGCAGAGCUUCCAACAGAGGGAUGGAGGAAAAGAGGAAGGGUGAUUCUUGGAUAUUAGCAAUGCUGAAGAGAAGCUGAGACAAGCGGCCUGCUCCAAGUGCCUACAGAUUCCUCCAGGAUGUCCCGACAAACCAGAGACGGGGUGUUGAACCCAGCCUACCAUGACUCCGAAACCCUGGAGAUGGGUCGCGGUUCGGCUCAAAGGCCACCACAGCAGAACCCCUAUGGAAGCACAGAGAGGACUUAUGACGAAGGGCUUCAGGCUUCUGGGCGCCAGGACUGGGACUCUGCGGAGCACAUACCAAUGGCGUCCCUGGCAGGGGGCCAGAGCUGGGACCAGCAGCCGGGGGGAUUAAGCAACGCAGGAUACGAGUGGGACUCUGCUAGUGACCCCGGCGGAGCGGGAGCCGGCGCCUUCCAAGAGCAAGAGAGGCCGAGACUGAGGACGAAAAGGAGCAGCAUUUUACGGCAACUGCGAAUGCGCAAUUCCACCCUCUUUUUCCGGGGCGCUUUGAGUUCAUCUGCACUUGGUUGGCUGAGGCUCAACGCUGAAGACACUCAGGACAAGACGGCACAGGAAGAGCAACAGCUUAUUAUCGAACUGGUGGCCAUGUCAUUCUACGAUCGGGUUCGAGCCCUCCGUCAGCUCCCCAUGAGUCUUCAUGAAAAGAAACAAAUCCGGAAGCGAGUGCUGCUGGAGAAAACGUCAAAGAAAGGCCGCAUAAACUGGUACAUGAACUGCAGAGACAGCUUUUACCUGUCCUACAGACGGUGCAGCACAUUUGUAACCAAUUCUUACCAGACGCUGCAACUCUGGCAGGGAGGCCUGAAGGAUAUCGGAGGGAAGUUCGGCAGCAGCAUCCUCUCCUACUUUCUGUUCAUCAAGUGGCUGCUCAUGUUCAGCAUUUUCUCCUUUCUGGUGAACUUCGGCUUCAUCACGGUGCCUCAGCUGCUUGAUCGCGACACCGUGAACAACGGGACCUUUAAAGGGCUGGAGCUCCUGACCGGAGAGGGUUAUUUCACACAGUCAGUCCUGUUCUACGGUUUUUACACCAACAAGUCUGUGACUGGUGGAAGCUCCAGUAACUCCACUGGCAGCCUGCUCCCCUAUGACAUGCAGCUGGCCUACUUCUUCACCAUCUCCGUCUACUUCGUGCUCUGCUGCCUCAGUCUGGUGUACAGCGCUGCCAGUUCGUUUCAUAAGAACUUCAUGUCUGCCGGCGAGCUGAGCAGGUCCGGACGUCUCUUGUUCAGCUGGGACUUCAGGGUCAGCAAUGACAAGGCUGUCCGAAGUCGACAGAAGAAUCUGAGCACCCAGCUCAAGGAGUUACUCUCUGAACACCUGCAGCAGAAACUCUGCAUGACCUUCGACGAGCGGAUGAAGCGCUUUGGGCGCCACCUGCUGGCCUGGUUUGUCUCUAGCGGGUUGGCCAUUGGUUGCGGUGCUGCUGUCUACUUCCUGUGCCUUUACAACGUCAACUCUUCUCCGUGGAACAACAGAAGUGAUCUGACCAAAGAGGCCUCCACGCUGCUCCUGCCAAUCGUCGUGUCCCUCAUCAAUCUCAUUGUACCCCUGCUGUACAGCCUGCUAAGGAACAUCGAGUUCUUCACCUUCCCACGGCACGAGCUCUACACGCUCAUUCUGAGAAAUGUCCUGCUGAAGAUGUCAAUCAUAGGGGUGCUUUGUUACUAUUGGCUGGACAAAGUGGUGAACUCUGGAAUACCAUGCUGGGAGACGUUUGUUGGCGGAGAUAUCUAUAGACUUGUUGUCAUCGAUUUCUUUUUCUGCCUGUUUGCUUGCUUCUUCGGAGAGUUUCUGCAUAAAGUCAUUGGAACGAGGUGCUUCCCAAGACUAGGAGUUCCUGAGUUUGAUAUCGCCCGCAACGUUCUGGACCUGAUUUAUGCACAGACGCUGGCCUGGAUUGGGAUUUACUUCUCGCCUCUGUUGCCGCUCAUCCAGAUCAUCAAGCUCUUCCUGAUGUUCUACCUGAAAAAGUUUAGUCUGAUGCAGAACUGUCAGCCACCCCAGCGGUCAUGGCGUGCUGCCCAAAUGAUGACCAUUUUCAUCCUCAUCCUUUUCUUCCCAUCCUAUGUUGGAGUGCUGGUUACUAUUGCAGUCAUCUUUUGGAGGAUUACGCCUUCCAGUAGCUGUGGGCCGUUCAGAGGGCUCCACGUUCCCUUUGAUGUGAUCACUAACUGGAUCGAUUCGAUCACACUGCCUGGGUCCCAGUGGGUUGUGUGGAUCUACAACAACCUCAUUCAGAGUGUCCUCUUCUUCUUUAUCCUCACACUCCUUGUCUUGAUUCUGAUCUACGUCUACUACCAGAUUGUGGUGGGACGGAAAAUGCUGAUUGCCAUUUUGCGGGAUCACAUUGCUAACGAGGGGAAAGACAAGGCCUUCCUGCUUGAAAAGUUAAAAAAACUACAAAGUCAAUCAAUGACAUCUUUAUAUCAGGACCGGAGUCUGGAGGCCACGGGUUCAAAGCAGGACAUCCAGGAUAGAGAGGUGAGAGGCUCCAAUCAGAGCGGGACUCCAUCUGAGGCAACCUUCCCUGUUCAGUUAAGAAGAGCACCAAGUCUACGGGAGAUGAGUAGCAGGAGAGAGCCCACCAGUUUUUCAGGGGAGAGACAGAGUGCUAGAGACGCUGAAUAUGAAUAUGGCCUUCCAAAUAUUUCGCAGGAGCCUCCACAGCAGCCCUGGCCUGGGGCGCCAGGUUUUCAGCAGGCCCCGCCAAAUUACAUUCCUCCGGAUUAUCCCGUGGAUGAUGACUCCUCCAUAGACGGCGGCACACUCCCUGUCUCUGAUGCACUGGCACAAGCUCUGUGGGCACGGCGCCAGGCCGAGGAUGAGGAGGAAGGACACUACUGAGAAGGGAGCCUCGCUGUAGUCCAAGAAUCGUGAAGGUGGAUGGACCUGACCGAUUGCUUCAGGAAGGAUGUCCUUACUGCACCUCCCACGUCCUCUCAGGACGGACCUUCUCAGCGAUCAGCACGUACUUUAUGCGACCAUCUUUGAAUGACUCCGAGUUCACCACUAUGAGUUUUCCCACGUGGCUUGAAAAGAACAUUUCAGUUUGAAUGUCAUGCACUACUUCUUAAUGGCCCUCCAUAAUGUGUAUUUAAAUAUAUUUAAAAAGAACAAAAAUGUCAUGAAAACAGAUUUAGACACUGUUUAAAAUUAUGUUUUAUAUAAUGUAAAAUCUUCAUUUUUGAAUUUAACAAUAAAUUUUAAUGUAAUUCAAUAAGAGCAGGAGCUGAUGCAUUGGCUUCAUUCACCACAAACAGGAAAAUGCUUUUUUUAAAUCUCUAGCAGUGAACU